AUGGCGGACCCUUUUGCGAUAACCGGGUUGAUUUUGCAAGUUAUAGAAACUGCUGGCCAGGUAUAUAGAUAUUGCAAGGAGGUCAAGAAUGCUGACAAUGAGAUCCGGGAAUUGUUUGGCGAACUUUUCGCUCUAAAAGCAGUUCUUGAGCAAAUGAGUAAAGAACGGCAAGGUACACUGAACAUAGAGGAUCCCAAGUCUGCACAAGCGCUUUCCUCAGAAUCGUUUCGUCACGCCUUGCUCAGCGCGAACGGCAUCUUGAAGGACAUCCUUGACGAUUUGAUGAAAAGACAACUACGAGGAAAAUCAUUCUUCAAGCAGUUAGGAUGGCCAGGGAAGAAAGAGAAACUUCAAGAUAGUAUUGUCCAGCUUGAACGUCUCAAGAGUUAUUUUAUCUUAGUUAUGGUGAAUGAGAGCUCGGCAAUGGACAAGGAGGUCCUAUCGUCAAUAAAUUACUUGACGGACCUGGGAACGCUGAUGAGACAAGAUAGCCAAAAGGACCUGCGUCAGAAGAUAAGGGAAUGGAUAUGUCCCUUUGAUGUGGAAGUAAGCCAUCGCAAAGCACGGUCUGUAUGCCAGGCUGGCACAGGAUCUUGGUUUAUCGAUGGUCCUUUUCAACGAUGGUUUCGAGGACAGGAGAAGUCUCGAUUGCUCUAUCUUGAGGGUAAAUCUGGGUCUGGGAAAACGGUCCUUUGUUCUACUGCUAUAGAAGAAGCGAGGAAAGCCACCCAAAGCACGGACUUUAGCUUGGCACUGUUCACGUACUGCUCGUUUCAGCUCAGUGCUUCCCAGAAGCUGGUCCAUGUUCUCGGUGCUUUACUCGCACAGCUUUCCGACCGCUUUCCUCAAGCCCUUGAUGUACUGGAGCCUGACUUUAGGAAGAAGUCACUUCCUUCUCCGGAUAUCCUUCUCCGGAUACUUCGCAGUCAUGCGCGUGAGCUUAAACGGCUGUAUAUUUUUGUCGAUGCUGUUAAUGAGAGCGAUGAGUGUGAAAAUAUUAUAAGCACAUUGCUGAGCCUCGCAGAAUCUGAAUAUCAGAUACAUGUGAUGGUUACCAGCACCGCAGCUUCAGUGACACUGAGUAAGGAUGAUCUUCUGAGAGCACAAAUGAAACCAUCUUCAAACCAGAACGACAUUCAGGAUUUCGUGAACGCGCAGCUGGAGACACGUCCAAGCCUUCGUUAUCUCCCCCAACACACUAAAAGAGAUAUAACUACCGUACUUAUUGCCAAGGCCAACGGAAUGUUCCGAUACGUUCAAUGUCAGAUUGACCUUCUCAGUGCCCAAGCAACUGGUCGAGGUGUCCGGAAGGCGCUUGCGACAUUGCCAGAAAGCUUAAAUGGAACGUACGAAGUGAUUCUCGGACAGAUCCCCCCGUAUAGCCGUGAACUCGCAAGAGAUGCACUUCUCUGGCUUACAUUUAGCCGACAACCGAUCACUUUGUCAGCAUUGAGCGAAGCUGUGGUCAUCAUCAAGGGAGACAAAUUUUUAGAUGAUGAAUGUAGGCUAUAUUCACCUACAGUCAUCCUAAAGAUCUGCCAGGGACUAGUGGCGUAUGAUGAAGUGACUUCGGUUAUAACAUUAGCCCACUCCUCGGUCAAAGCGUUUCUUACAUCCGAUGCUAUCAGACAGGGCCCUGCCGCAUACUACAGCUUGCAGGAGGUCGAAGCUACACGGUGUAUCUUCCAGAAAUGCUUGACAUACUUGAUGUUUGAUGCAUUCCAGAAGCCGUGCCGAAGCCGACAUUCCCUCAGAAGGCGUCUGAAGGAGUUUCCUCUGUUGAGCUAUGCCUCCAUGACCUGGGGACAGUAUUGCGGCUUGCAUGCCCCUGCUGGCUUCGUGCUUGACCACUCUGAGUUGGACGAGAUAAUGGCAUUCUUUGCAACAUGUGCCCUACAUAAUGGAGGUAACUUUAGAUCCUGGGUUCAGGUUUUGAUUCCCGAGGCUGCCACCGAAGAGGCUUGGUCCACAGAACCACUAUACUAUGCGUCUUCAUUUGGAAUGACACUCGUCGUGGAAAGGCUUAUCAAAAGCGGCAUCAACCUGGACUCCCCUGGUGGCCGUCACGAUGCUACUGCCCUUACAGUUGCGUCAUACAGAGGCCAGCUCGCAGUGGUCAAGAUGCUACUUGAUGCAGGUUCAGACCCAAACUUGAAAGAUUGCCAUGGAAUAACAAGCCUUGGAUGGGCAAAGAGGAAAGGCCACCGCGAGGUCGAAACGCUUCUAUUGGCAUAUGGUGCUCAGGUUCAGCUGGGGUAUUCCAAAGUGGUUGUGCCAAAGAAUACGCAACUGGCAGAUAGCGAGGACAGCGACUCUGCCGGUUAUGAAGAGUGA